CCUUUCUCAGACAGACACCCGCUGUACACCAUUGGCCAGUCUGGACGAGGAAAAAAAUCCUGGUUUUCCCGUUUCUGGUGCUCUCCCUAUUUUCCUGAUAAGAUUAGGGAGAGUCUGGAAGUAAUCUCGGUGAUCCAAGUUUACUUGUACGCCUUUGAUUUAUUUAUUACUUGCGCGUACAGGUGCCAAAGACUAUACCGUGUGUUUUGUUUUUAAAGUUUCAUCCUUUUUUUCUUUUUCUGGUCCAGAGUACACGUUUCGGGGUGCGUGCUUUCGUCCUAAUUGCAUUUUGCUCCAAAUAUGACUUCAAAAUACUACUUUGGGAUGUCCUGAAUGAAAAUAAAGGAGGGGGUUUGUUGCAGUUUAAUGGUCUUUGAUAAAGAAGUCUUUGUACCUUUUCUUUAACCGCGAUUGAAGCGCUUUAGGACCAAGACACUAAAUCAUUCAGAGACUUCGUUUUAGACGCUCUUGGGCAACUGAGCGUUUGGUUGGGUGGCAUCAUGGCGGCACAGCGGGGGCUCAGAGAUCUCAGCGUCCUGCUGGGGUGGAUGUUACUGCAAACCAUCGGCGACAGGGUGCAGUCAGACCCCUCGAAACAAUCCAACAGGUUGUGCACGUUUCAGGAGAAGAAGUACAGACUGGGAGAGCAGUGGCACCCGUACUUGGAGCCGUACGGAUAUGUGUAUUGCGUUAGCUGUCUUUGCACCGAGGGGGGUAACGUGCUGUGUAACCGUGUAAGGUGCCCCCCCCUGAAGUGCAGCAGCCCCGUGCCGAUGCCGCAGCAGUGCUGCCAUCGGUGCCCAGAGGUGUCCCCGCCCCCACCAGCCGCCCACAACGCAGGGAAGCCCUGUGUCUAUAAAGGUGCGCUGUACCAGCACGGGGAUGUCUUUGUAGCGGAGGGUCUCUUCCCCAGUCGCCAUGCCAACCAGUGUUCCCAGUGCAGCUGCUCUGAAGGCAAAGUUUACUGCCGGCUGCGCACCUGCCCCAAGCUGAGCUGCCCAUCCCCCGUGUCUGUGCCGGAGUCCUGCUGCCAGGUUUGUAAAGAAUCCGGCGACAGAGACGCACCGUGGGACCAGGGCGAAGUGGAGCGCCCCCGCCAGCCGGCAAACAGAGGGGCGAGGCACUCGUACCAGCGCGCGCAGUACGAGCUGCUGCCCUUCCGCUCCCUGGCUGCAGUCCCCCACCAGCCCAGCUUCCGUUCGCACCGGCGGCUUCUGACUGACCAGAACCGGGCGGCUGGCACUACAAUGCAGAUCGUCAUCGACAAGCGUGAGCAGCAGAGCUUGGUAUGUGUCUCCAACGGUAAGACAUACUCCCACGGCGAGUCCUGGCACCCUGUCCUCCGCUCCUUCGGCGUUAUGGAGUGCGUCCUCUGCACGUGCAACGUCACCCGGCAGGAAUGCAAGAAGAUCCACUGCCCUGAGCAUUACCCCUGCAAAUACCCCCAGAAGGUCGAGGGCAGGUGCUGCAAGGUUUGUCAAGCAGAGGAGCUGGCUCUGAAGAACGAGGACAGCAGGGAGUAUUUCUGUGGGGAGGAAACAUGGCCAGUGUACGAGUCCCUGGAAUCUGCGGGAGAGGACAACAUCAGGACCGUCGCCCUGGAGACGGAUCCAUCAGAAGAAGUCGAGCUGCACAUAUGGACCAUCGCUAAAGGCCUCCUCAGAAACUUCCAGAUCAAGAAGGUCCCCGUGAUGGACUUCAACAAGCACAGCGAUUUUAAACCAUUGACAAGGACGACACAGAGCCGGUGGAAGAUCUUCCGCGAAGGGGAGCUGCAGAUCAGCCAGAUGUGCGCGAAGCGGUCCUGCCGCACGGAACUGGAAGACCUGGUACGGGUUCUGUUCCUGGACAAGCCAGAGAGGGACCACUGCUGAAGAUCGAUAUUCGAAGUCCAAUUCAAAGCCUGAAAAGAAUCAAAUAAAACUGACUUUUUAAGUAUUAUGAUAAUAUAAAAUGGUAAAGUACUAUACAAUGUGUAUAAAAUUGUUCUCUUCAGUUAAUAGGCUGUUGCCUGACAUGUUCUAUUUUUCUUUAUGUUAGACGUAUGUUAGUAUUUUUGUUUGUUUCUCACCCUAAAAAUGGCAUGUCCUUUAUUUUCCAUGAUUAUCCAGCACAUACAGUGUGAACUGUUAUCCAACAAUAAAUGCUACAGGCAUGAAAGCAUUAUA